AUGGUUUCAUCUGCGGCGCCCUACAACGGAAGGCGGCCUCCCACUCGGACCACCAGUGGUGGCGAAGGGCUCUGGUGUGAGCGAGUGAAUCCGGAGAACAAGGCGGCGCUGGAGGCGUGGGUCAGGGAGACGGGCAUCCGCCUGGUGCAGGUGAACGGGCAGAGGAAGUACGGCGGUCCACCCCCAGGCUGGGUGGGCAGCCCGCCGCCCGCCGGCUCCGAGGUGUUUAUCGGGCGGCUGCCGCAGGACGUGUACGAGCACCAGCUGAUCCCACUGUUCCAGCGCGUGGGCCGCCUCUACGAGUUCCGCCUGAUGAUGACCUUCAGCGGCCUGAACCGCGGCUUCGCCUAUGCCCGCUACAGCUCGCGGCGCGGCGCCCAGGCCGCCAUCGCCACGCUGCACAACCACCAGCUGCGGCCGUCCUGCCCGCUGCUCGUGUGCCGCAGCACGGAGAAGUGCGAGCUGAGCGUGGACGGGCUGCCGCAGGCUCUGAGUCGCCGCGCGCUGCUGCUCGCGCUGCAGCCGCUGGGCCCCGGCCUGCAGGAGGCGCUGCUGCUGCCCAGCCCCGGGCCGGCGCCCGCGCAGAUGGCGCUGCUCAAGUUCAGCUCCCACCGCGCCGCCGCUAUGGCCAAAAAGGCCCUGGUGGAAGGGCAGUCACGCCUCUGUGGGGAGCAGGUAGCAGUGGAGUGGCUCAAGCCAGACCUGAAGCAGAGACUCCGCCAGCAGCUAGUGGGUCCCUCCCUGCGGUGCCUGCAGCCAGAGGGCAGCCAGUUGGGCCUGGCUAAUGCCAAGCUUGAGUCCCAAGGAGCUCGGGCUGCCCUGCAGCUUCUGUGCCAACGGAUGAAGCUGGGCAGUCCAGUGUUUCUUACCAAGUGUCUGGGCACAAGCCAUACUGGCUGGCACCGCUUCUGGUACCAGGUGGUGAUCCCUGGCCACCCAGUGCCCUUCAGUGGUCUUAUCUGGGUCGUGCUAGCCCAGGAAGGGCAGGAGGUGCACGAGGCUGCUAAGGAGGCUGUGUCGCUGCGACUGCUGGAGGCGAUGAGUGAGUGCGGGUCUAGCCUCCUGCAGUCUUCUGAGGCUGAGGCAGAUGCCGUGCCUAAGCAGUGACCCCAUCCUCCCCGCGGGAGCCUGAACAAGGAGGCAAAGCUCAGCAGGCCUGGGCAGCCACCCCCCUCAUCCCAAGAGGAGCCCG